AUGGUAGAGAACCUGCAAACGGCCAUGAAGGAUGCAUUUGAUGAGUUUUUUGAUCUAACAAUAGAGGAGAAACAACAUUAUAUGGCACAAGAGUUAUUUGAGCCCAUUAGAUAUGGAACGAGCUUUAACGAAGCUGCUGUGGAUGUUCGAUAUUGGAGGGAUUACUUAAGGAUCAUCGCUCAUCCGGUGUUCAGCUAUCCAGCCAAACCUCUCAAUUUCAGAAAGAUAUCUGAAGAAUAUACAAGAAACAUGAGGGAGAUCUCUAUAGAGCUCUUAAGAGCAAUAAGUGAAAGCCUUGGACUACCAGAAGCCACCAUGGAGGAAGCUCUUCAAUUAAAAUCAUGCAUUCAACUUCUCAUUAGCAAUCUCUAUCCUCCAUGCCCUCAACCAGAGCUGGCUUUAGGUUUGCCACCUCAUUCUGAUUCCUCCAUUCUCACCAUAGUAAUGCAAAGCAACACAAAGGCCUGCCUUCAAGUGCAGCACGGUGGCAAAUGGGUUCCAGUUGAAGCCAUCCCGAAUUCAUUCUUUGUCAUCCUCGGAGAUAUCAUGGAGAUAGCUAGCAAUGGGACAUAUAACAGUCUGUUACAUAGAGUGGUGCUUAACAACGAAAGCACAAGGAUGUCAAUUGUUUCAACAAUUGGACCGCCAUUGGAAGCUUUAGUUUCUCCCUUGCCUCAGUUGGUUGACAGUAUUCGAAAUAGACCAGCACUAUUUCGCGAAACCACCUACAAAGAAUAUGUUCAACUACAGAAGCAAAACCAAGAGGAGAAAUCUGUUCUGAGUCUCAUAAAGCUGUGA